AUGGGAUUCAACAUAAAGUUUGGCUUGCUUUUUGCGUCUCUAUCUUGUAAAAGACGGAAAAGAAAGAAAGAAAUAAAAGAUAAAAAUCUUUCAUAUCCUUUCUGUCUUUUAAUUCAUUUAUUCAUUCUUUCUUUCUUCGUUUUUUUUAUUUUUCUUUUCUUUCCACCUUUUCUGUUUUUACUUCUUUCUUUCUUUCUUUCUAUUUUAUCUUUCAUUUCUUUCUUUCUUUUCUGUCUUUUACUUCAUUCUUUCUUUCUUCGUUUUUUUAUCCUGCACUUUUCUGUCUUUUCUGUCUUUUGCUUCUUUCUUUCUUUCUUUCUUUCUUUCUUUCUUUCUUUCUUUCUUUCUUUUCUUUCUAUCUUUUCUGUCUUUUACUUCUUUCUUUCUUUCUUUCUUUCUUUUCUAUCCAUCUUUUCUGUUUUUUACUUCAUUCUUUCUUUCUUCGUUUCUUACCCUCCACUUUUCUAUCUUUUCUUUCUUUCUUUCUUUCUUUCUUUCUUUCUUUCUUUCUUUCUUUCUUUCUUUCUUCGUUUUUUAUCUUUCAUUUCUUUCUUUCUUUUCUGUCUUUUAGUUCUUUCUAUCUUUGUUUCUAUUUUAUUUUUCAUCUCUUUCUUUCUUAUCUGUCUUUUUUCUUUCUUUCUUUCUUUCUUAAGAAUUAAUUUUUCCCAUCAUUCUUCUUCAACCCCCCACUAUUCAUGCCUACUGAAUUGA